AUGCCUGGCGUUAUCAAAGAGGCAGGAAUGAAAUACAUCCUGACCUCAUUUUGGAAACACCACCCAUCCAAAGAGGCUAAGGUGAGAAAAGCGGCAAAUAUGACCGCUUAUGGCCUAUCCAGGCUACAAGUGGGCAAAUUUGCACCACCGCUGCCUACAUCCCACCCCAUCCAGGGGUUUCCACCACCUCCUCCAGAGGUGAGCACUGUUCCUCCCCUCGACUCUGAGGAUACAUCAAUGAGUGGAGAGUCAAGUUUCAUGGAACAGACUGAAGCUGUUCCACCUGCAACCUUGACAACAAGGUGCUUCCCUGCAGCUCAGCACCAGCAUAUGGCCAGCAAAGUCGCGAAUUAG